UGCAAGUUCAAUCGUAUCAGGAUGUGACAAUCUACCAUACGAUGAGAUCAUGUAGAAAAUAUAACCACAGUUACAAAUUAAGAGAUUUAAAUCUCGUCGUGGCUUUUCACUCUUUUACAGUUGAUUAUUAUUGUUUCUUGUAAAAUACGUAUAUACCAAUAGAACCAUCAACCAUGUCUUUCAUUAGGAUCAUUACUCCGGACAGUAUGGAAUAUCGUUAUUUUCCCAUCACAAAGUCCCGUUUUAAUUUAAGCGUACAAGCUGCUCAUGAUGCAAGAAUUUCUUUACGUACCCAUUUGGGUGGAGAUUCUAAUGUGUACGAGAUUGUUAUUGGAGGAUGGGGAAACACAAUGUCAGCGAUAAAAAGGAAUAACGAAGAACCUGAUGUUGCAGAGGCUGAAACAAGGAACAUAUUAAAUGCUCAACAUAUGUGCAAUUUCUGGAUACAGUGGUCGUGCGAUGGACUGUUAAAUGUUGGCCGUAGAGAUGGGGAAGUUUUUCUGUCAUACAAAGACAGAAACCCAUUUGUCAUAAAUUACAUAGGAAUGAGCACAGCAUGGGGAGCUACCGGUGAAUUCUUAGUAGAAGAAUCAGUUUGUACAUCUACAGUUAUCAGACAACAGUUGAUGGAUACAUCUCAUUUUUGGAUAGAUUAUAACGAAUCAUAUGGUCUUCCACCAAAUGCUAUAAUGGCUUCUGAAGAUGGUUUGUACAUAGGUCGUGCUCGUCAUAGAGACUCGGUUACACCCGGAAGUAUUAGGAAUAACUUAUGCACAAUUGCGUGGGGCGGAUCAGCCCACGAUAAAAAAGAAUUUCAAGUAUUAUGUUGUAAAGAUAUAAAUUGGGUAAAGUCAUGGGAAGGUAGCGUUCCAUUACAUGCACUUCCUGCUGGUGAAAGCGAAGACGGAUAUGCCCUUUUCAUUGGCCGUGUCUUACACGAAGGUGUAUAUCAUAUAGGAAAAAUACAACCAAACCAUCAAGCAUGUUAUAUAGCUGUUAAUGGUCAAGAAGAACCGGUCGUAGACUAUGAAACUUUGGUUAUUUGCGAUUAUUAUAUCGCUGAAUAUAUUGGGAGAUAGAGCAUUCCUCCCAAGAGGAAAUAUUUAUUUUUCAUACAAAAUGCAAAAUAUUUUUUUAUGUCGCAUAUCUUUAAACUAAUUAGUAAAAAUAACGUGUACAUUUAAAAAAAGUCAUGAAUAGUAUUAUACUGGUAUUACAGUUAUAUCACAGACGAGGUGUAAGACAGGCCAAUCAUUUUAGAGAAGUUUGUGUUCCAUGAGCGCUCCAAAAGCUCGUCUUCACGCUUAAACCGAUGAUUUUAGAAAACGGCAUCGGCCAAAACAAUGGUAAUUAGUGAGGAAAAUCAGCGUUUUAGACGAGAUUAUGCACGUGAUAUUAUUACUGUGUCGUCAGUAUAUUUUUGGAUUCCGAAAUACGAAUGUUUUUACAAAAGAUUUAUUUAUAAACCGCUUGUUGACCUUA